GACGAUCAGUCCGCUUUCGGUGCUCAAGCGUUGCGUUUCGUUUGCCUCCAGCAGCAGCAGCAAAACCCUGACCAAUCCCAUUUCCCGAAACCCAGACCAGUUUGUGUGGACAACGAUGACGUGCUGAGUUCGAACUCUCUCCCUCUCUCUAUCUGGCUCUCCCUCUAAAAAGCGCUCUUUUGGUGUGCCAAAAAUUAUAAAGCUAUUUAUUUAAUAGUUUUCUUCGUGGAAAGCAGACCAACAACACCCGGAAAAUCGGAGGCGGCGUUUUCUUGUUCAAGCUAAAGAUACACAACUAAGGAUACACGCAAAAUGACGCAACCAAAGAGGAAAUCCAGGUGGUUCUUUGGCGGCUUGGCGAGCGUGGGAGCCGCCAUGGUGACCCAUCCACUCGACCUCAUCAAGGUCACGCUGCAGACGCAACAGGGUCACCUGUCGGUGGUCCAGUUGGUCCCGAAACUGGCCCGCGAACAGGGAGUACUCGUCUUCUACAACGGCCUUUCUGCCUCAAUGUUGCGCCAGAUGACCUACUCCACUGCGAGAUUCGGGGCGUACGAGGCCGGAAAGGAGUACGUCAAUACGGACACCUUCGGCGGCAAGGUGGCCCUUGCAGGUGUAUCCGGUCUCAUCGGAGGAAUUGUGGGAACUCCGGCGGACAUGGUCAACGUGCGCAUGCAGAACGACGUGAAACUGCCGCCGCAACAACGACGCAACUACAACAAUGCGUUCGACGGACUGAUAAGGGUGUACCGCCAGGAAGGAUUCAAACGACUCUUCUCUGGCGCCACCACAGCGACUGCACGUGGAAUCCUAAUGACGAUUGGCCAGAUUGCAUUCUACGACCAGACGAAGAUCUACCUGCUGGCCACGCCGUAUUUCCAAGACAACCUGAUCACGCACUUCACCGCCUCCCUGGUGGCCGGAACAAUAGCCACCACUCUGACCCAGCCGUUGGAUGUGCUCAAGACGCGUUCCAUGAACGCGAAACCCGGAGAGUUCAAAGGCCUGUGGGACAUCGUGAAGCACACGGCCAAACUGGGUCCUCUCGGUUUCUUCAAGGGCUAUGUGCCGGCAUUUGUGCGUCUGGGCCCACACACGAUCAUCACCUUCGUGUUCCUGGAGCAACUGCGUCUCAAUUUUGGCACCUUGAGCUAGCCGCGACGUUGAUCGAUCCCUUAACUAGGCAAUAGUUCUCCCAUAGCUGGCUGGCAGAUUCCCUCGAGCAACGCAAACAUUCCAGCAGCAAUUCGUUCUCCACAGUGUAGAACAUAACUUAGCUUUAGCCCGUUCCAGUUGUUAACCAAGAUGCUUUUAUGCUAGCAAGAUAUUUGUUUUUAAGUGUUUCAUGCCCGCUAUCCCAAAAUAUAUAAUUUUUGAUAAAAUACA